AUGCCACAUCCUGUAGAAACUGAUACGAUCAAGAUCGCCGUCCUGGGCGCCGCUGGCGGAAUCGGCCAGUCGCUAUCGCUGCUGCUCAAGACUCAAUUGACCGCUUUUAGCAACCGCCGUCACGUGCACCUAGCACUUUACGACGUGAACGCCGACGGAGUCCGCGGCGUUGCCGCGGACCUUUCGCACGUCGACACCCCCAUCACCCUGAGCAGCCACUCGCCCGCGGACUCCGCGGAUGCGUUGCGGGACUGUCUCAUUAACGCCGCGCUUGUGCUGAUCCCCGCGGGUGUACCCCGCAAGCCGGGCAUGACGCGCGAGGAUCUGUUUGCGAUCAACGCCAAGAUCGUUGGCCAGCUCGGCGGCGCGAUCGCCCAGCACUGCGACCUGUCGCGCGUGUUUGUGCUGGUAAUCUCCAACCCCGUAAACUCGCUCGUGCCUGUGAUGGUCGAGACGCUGUAUGCGAGCGCCCCCGCGGCUAGCGCCGGCGUCGAGCGCCGGGUGUUUGGGAUCACGCACCUCGACCUGGUGCGCGCUUCGACCUUCCUGCACGAACAGACCAUCACGUCGAAUCUCACGGAACGCUCCGACAUAAUGCCCUACGUGCCCGUGAUCGGCGGUCAUUCCGGCGACACCAUCGUACCGCUGUUCUCGCUGGCUAGCGAGCAGCACCACAUACCGCAGCAGCAGCUGGAGUCGCUGGUGCACCGCGUGCAGUACGGCGGUGACGAGAUAGUGAAGGCCAAGAACGGCCAGGGCUCCGCCACGCUGUCGAUGGCGCACGCCGCGUUCCAGGUGGUCAAGAACUUCGUUCUGCUGCUGACGGGCGCCGCCGACACCCUCAGCGGCAUAUUCUACGUGUCGCUUCUCGACCGCGCCGGACAACCGGUGUGUCCGGGCGCUGGGAAACUGCUCGCCCUGAUCGACGGCUGCACCUACUUUGCGGCCCCCGUGACCGCGACGCGCGCACAGGGCGUCGUAGACGUGGACUACGGCAUUCUGGCAAAGAUCUCCGCGUACGAGCGCGAGAAGCUGCUGCCCCUUUGUCUCCCCAAGCUGAAGGCCGGUAUCGAGGCAGGCCGGAAGGCGGGCACCACCGUCUAG